CUCCGUCUCUAUUUAACCCCCGCACCGGCCCUUCAUAUCCGGUCCUUUUCCUUUCGCUCCUCUACUCCGCGACCUGGUCCUCUUCCGUCCCACCUUCUAUCCCCCCCCCCCUUCAUACAACCCAACCGUCACCAUGGGCAAAGACGACGAGCCUAAGACCUACCGCUACAAGGAGACCCCGACCUACACGACCUCCAAUGGCUGUCCGGUCAUGGACCCCCAGGCCGCUCAGCGGGUUGGCCGUAACGGCCCUCUCCUGCUCCAGGACUUCCACUUGAUCGACUUGCUCUCCCACUUCGACAGAGAGAGGAUUCCGGAGCGCGUUGUCCACGCCAAGGGUGCUGGUGCGUUUGGCGACUUCGAAGUAACCGAUGACAUCAGCGACAUCACCAUUGUCGACAUGCUCAAGGGCGUGGGCAAGAAGACCAAGCUGUUCACCCGCUUCUCCACCGUGGGUGGUGAGAAGGGCUCCCCGGACAGUGCUCGUGACCCCCGCGGUUUCGCCAUCAAGUUCUACACCGAGGAGGGCAACCUGGACUGGGUCUUCAACAACACCCCCGUCUUCUUCCUCCGCGACCCCGCCAAAUUCCCCAUCUUCAUCCACACCCAGAAGCGCAACCCUCAGACCAACCUCAAGGAUGCCACCAUGUUCUGGGACUACCUUUCAACCCACCAGGAGGCCGUCCACCAGGUCAUGCACCUCUUCAGCGACCGUGGCACGCCUUACUCCUACCGCCACAUGAACGGUUACUCCGGCCACACCUACAAGUGGAUCAAGCCGGACGGCACCUUCAACUACGUCCAGAUCCACCUCAAGACCGACCAGGGCAACAAGACCCUUAACAACGAGGAGGCCGGCCGCCUGGCCUCUGAGAACCCCGAUUGGCACACUCAGGACCUGUUCAACGCCAUUGAGCGUGGCGAGAACCCCUCCUGGACCUGCUAUGUCCAGGUUCUGAGCCCCGAGCAGGCCGAGAAGUUCCGCUGGAAUGUCUUCGACCUGACCAAGGUCUGGCCUCAGAGCGAGGUGCCACUGCGCCGCUUCGGCAAGCUCACCCUCAACAAGAACCCCCAGAACUACUUCGCCGAGGUGGAGCAGGCCGCCUUCUCCCCCUCGCACAUGGUCCCGGGUGUGGAGCCCUCCGCCGACCCCGUCCUGCAGUCCCGUCUCUUCUCCUACCCCGACACCCACCGCCACCGCCUGACGGGCAACUACGAGCAGAUUCCCGUCAACUGCCCGCUCCGCUCCUUCAGCCCCUGGCACCGGGACGGCUACAUGAAUGUGCACGGUAACUACGGCGCCAACCCCAACUACCCCUCUACCUUCCGUCCCCUCAAAUACCAGCCCGUCAAGGCCAGCCAGGAGCACGAGAAGUGGGCCGGUUCGGUUGUCGUCGAGCAGCUGCCCGUGACCGAGGAAGAUUACGUUCAGGCCAACGGGCUGUGGCAGGUCCUGGGCCGUCAGCCCGGCCAGCAGGACAACUUCGUCCACAACGUCGCCUCUCACCUGUCCGCCGCCCACGAGCGUGUCCGCAAGGCCACCUAUGACAUGUUCCGCCGCGUCAACCCGGACCUGGGUGCCCGCAUCGAGAAGGCGACCGAGCGCAAAGCUACUGACGCCAAGUCCGCUCGUCUGUAAAUCAACGUGUGCCUCGUUCUUUCUUUUAUUCGGUUUCUCGAUUGGCGUACGUUAUAUCAGCAUCCAACGAUAAAUGUUCACAGAUGAUACCUAUCUUCCAAAAUUGAAUUUGCAUG